AUGGCAGGUGCCUUCCCUCACAGUCUGCCCGAAGUGGAGACAAGAAAAGCUCUGGGAACCGCGGCAAGCUACAUUCGCGGACUUGCAGAGCUGCUUUGUGCAGAUGGCAUGUGCAUGGUGGUGUCGAACAUGCCCGCACGGCACCGGCACCUGGCAGAUCUCUUCCAGAUUGCCGAGGUUGUAAAGCUUCAUCCCGAGGAGGAGCCUUUUGGACCCUGCCUGUACAUCUGCCGGCGGAGGAAUUCUGAUGCAGAGAUAGAAGUUAGCAAAGAGGAGAUGUACCCUGCAAAAGAAAAACGGUGCUUCCGCCAGCACAAUGCAGCGAUGAGGGUGGAGAAUUUUUGUUUGGCCUUGUUGUUUCUUUUUGGCCUGCGGGGUGAGUGUUUGAUGGUGCUUGCCAAGAAGACGAGGCAUGAUCUUAGCUGUCUAAGAUUUGCUGUAUGCUUGGUACUUGAGACUGGAGGAAUGGGCGGCUGCGGCUCAAAAAGCCGAGUGGAGGCGACGCAGCCUAAGGCUUCGAAGGCUCCAGAACCUCAGAUCUCCAACCUGCAUUCAGAUCCUAGUGGCCAGCCCAUUGACGCUGGCGCUGGCCACAAUGCAGGUACUGCAAAGGCCGCCAAGCAGCUUUCGCCAGCUAAGGGGGACCUUUCCAAACUACAAGCGCCCGCGGAUGAUGUGCAGCUCGUGCUCAGCGCCGGUGACAUCCGUGACAAGUAUGAGAUCCUGGCCGUCUUGGGCAGCGGCUCCUUCGGCGAGGUGAAGGAGAUCAGGGUCAAGGCCUUUCCCGAUAAGCUACGCGCCGUGAAGAUCACCGAGCGCCAGGUUGAUGACAAGGGAGAGAAGGGGCAGAAAAAGCUUGACUCCUUGGCGAUGUUCCGGAAAGAGGUCGAACUUCUAAGAUCUUUGAAGCACCCGAACAUCGUUCGAGUUUGGGACGUCUACGAGACAUCUCACUAUCUUUAUGUAGUAAUGGACCUGUGCCGCGGCGGCGAGUUGUUCGAAAUGAUCAACGAGAUGGAUCGCCUCUCAGAAAGCGACACCGCAGUGAUUGCAAAGCAAUUGCUGGGUGGCAUCGACUACAUGCACAGCAAGGGCGUCAUGCAUCGGGAUAUCAAAGCCGAAAAUGUGCUGCUAACCGAGUGGUCACCAACGGCAGUCGUGAAAAUCAUCGACUUCGGUAUCGCCGCGAGGUUUCAGCGUGGAGAAAUGUUCGACAAGAUCUCGGGCUCGCCCCAAUACAUGGCGCCAGAGCUUGUUGGGCAGCGCUAUGAUUACCGGGUAGAUAUGUGGGCAUUUGGCGUCCUGGUGUACUUUGCUCUGUACGGGCGCUACCCUUUCGACGGCAACAAUGUCCGUGAGAUUCUUUUAACAGUCCUUCAUGGGACUAUUGAGUGGGACAGUGACGUAUCGAUUGAUUCAAAGACCAUUGCCUUUCUUAAAGGAUGUCUGAACAGAAAGCCAAGAAAGAGAACUACGGCGAAGGCUGCCAUGAGCCAUCCCUGGAUCAUGUCCGCGAAGAAGCCGGAUGCCGAGAAACAUCGGGAACCCACUGAGAUCAACAUCUCCAGCGAUAUCCUUAAAGGGGAUCCGAAGAAUACCACCCCAGGCACCGAAAAGAAAGCAACUGCAGAAAAACCAGAAACAGCCAAAGAUGACGGAGGCAAGCGAAGCGCCCUUCGUGUGCGACAGGAUGAUCCGUCAGCAGCCGCCGGCAUUGGCCAGGAAGCCACUGGCUCUCAAGGUGCCACAGAAGAAGAAGGCCAAGUGGACUUCAUGUUAGACCCCAACCAGGCACUAGAGUUCCAGGACAUGUACUCAGAUUGGAAGCGACAAACGUCCACGGACAGUACGGCUUCCUCGCACUUGACUCAGCUGCGGGCCGGGUAG